AUGGAAGCAGACACUCAAGUACACAACUCCAAGCAACACGAUACUCCUUCGGGGUUUUUCGGCGACGAAGCCAGGUCUUCUGCCUCGUCCUGGGACGCAGAAAAGUCUGCUAUUGAUGGUUUAGAGCCAGACGUCAACGUUCUGUCGAACUAUUCCGAGGCUCAAGUCCGGACCAUGGGCAGAAACUAUGCUCUCAAGUACGGCAUGGACCCAGACCUGUUUUCCAAAGCUGCCGCCGUGGCGAGAAGACCCAGUUUUUUCAACUCGAUGGAGUUUCUGACGGACGAGGAGAAAGAGCGGCUUUUCGAGGAGGCAGAGCACCCGUGGCGACUGUCUGGCCAGCUGUACUGGCUGAUUGUGAUGGCUUCCAUGGGGGCGGCCGUCCAGGGAAUGGACGAGACGGUGAUCAACGGCGCCCAGCUCCAGUAUCCCUCGUAUUUCGGCAUUGCUGAAGAUACAGAUAGAAAUACCUGGCUCAUAGGGCUAAUCAACUCUGCCCCGUAUCUCUGCUGCUCCACGAUUUCGUGCUGGAUGUCCGACUGGCUCAACGAACGGCUUUCAAGAAGGGGCACCAUUUUCUGGACCUGUUUCGUCUCUGCCAUCACGUGCAUCUGGUCGGGCCUGACAAACAACUGGUGGCACCUGUUCAUCUCCAGGUUCUUUCUCGGGUUCGGCAUCGGCCCCAAGUCGUCCACGAUCCCCGUGUACUCGUCGGAAUGUGCUCCGGCCAAGAUCCGCGGCUCGCUCGUGAUGAUGUGGCAGGUGUGGACCGCCUUUGGCAUCAUGUUCGGCUACGUGAUGUCGCUGGCGUUCUACAGGGUCCCUGCGCACGCGAUCCAUAAAGGUCUUGGCUGGCGGCUGAUGCUGGGCUCGGCAGCACUCCCGGCUAUUUUGGUGAUGCUCCAGGUCUGGUUCUGUCCCGAGUCGCCGAGAUGGCUCAUGGGCAAGGGCCGGCACCGCGAGGCCUUUGGGGCGUACAGCCGCAUCCGGAAAUCGCCGCUCCAGGCCGCCAGAGACACCUUCUACACACACGUGCUGCUGCUGGAGGAGAGCUCGUACGAGGUGCCCUUCUGGACCAAGGUCAAGGAGAUAUUCACCGUGAGAAGAAACAGAAACGGGGCCGUCGGCGCCUGGGUCGUGAUGUUCAUGCAGCAAUUUUGCGGCAUCAACGUCAUUGCGUACUACUCGUCGUCGAUCUUCAAAGAGUCGGGAUUCUCCGAAAGAGACGCACUGCUCGCGUCGUGGGGUUACGGUAUGAUCAACUGGGUGUUUGCCCUGCCGGCGUUUUUCUCGAUCGACAGGUUUGGCCGCCGCACGCUGCUUCUGUUUUCGUUCCCGCUGAUGUCCGUUUUCCUGCUCUUGGCAGGCUUUGCGUUCUGGAUCCCCGACGAAAAAGCCAGGGUCGGGGUCAUCGCGCUGGGCAUCUAUCUGUUUACGAUCGUCUACGCUUCGUCCGAGGGCCCCGUGCCAUUCACGUACUCCGCAGAGUGUGCUGCGCUGUACGUACGGGACGUGACCAUGUCGUUUGCGACGGCCACCUGCUGGUUCUUCAAUUUUAUCUUAUCUCUGACCUGGCCGUCGCUGCUCAAGGCAUUCACCCCACAGGGUGCGUUCGGGUGGUAUGCGGCGUGGAACAUGAUAGGGUUUCUGCUCGUUCUGUGGUUGCUACCUGAAACGAAGGGUCUUGCAUUGGAGGAGCUGGACGACGUGUUUGACGUGCCGUCGUACAAGCACGCUGCGUACCAAACCCGACACCUGUCGAACUGGGUGCAGCGGACGAUUCUGCGCCGGGAGAUACCGAAGAUAGAGCCUCUAUACCGGCAGCAGCGUGUGGCGGUGCACAACCAGGAGUGGGUCGAGAUGAAGCACGAAGGUGAGCACAUAGAGUAG